GGAGGGAAACCGCCAGGUAUCACGUGACUAACUUUUCCCGCCGUUUCUGAACGACGUGCGGUCAUUCGCUUUGUUCGGGGUUUUCAUCGCAAAUUCUGCCUGAAGGCAAGCCAUUUUAAGCCGCCGAACCUUUUAAAAAUGCCUGGAACAGACUAUGCCGGCGACCGGGAGAAGAUAAAGUCCUUCUUCACCGAUUUCUAUGUGACGGGAGACAAAGGAAAGAAAGAAUAUGUCUAUUCCAAGCAGCUCGUGAAUCUGGCGCACAGGGAACAGGUUGCGCUGACGGUUGACCUGGACGAUGUCGAAGACUUUGACUCCUCUUUGGCAGAGGCGAUCCUUCAGAACGGACGUCGCUAUGUCAACUUGUUUGCCGAUGUUGUCUACGAGAUGCUACCCGACUACAAACAAAAGGAGGUGGUGGCAAAGGACGCCUUGGAUGUCUACAUUGAGCACCGGAUGCUGAUGGAGAGUCGCAACCACCAACCUGGAGACGUCAGGGACCCCAGAAACAAAUAUCCGCCGGAGCUGAUGAGGAGAUAUGAGGUCUACUUCAAGAUGCCGUCUGCCACCAAGACUAUGUCUGUGCGAGACGUCAAGGCCAGCAGCAUCGGAAAGCUGGUCAUGGUCAAGGGCAUUGUGACCCGGUGCACCGAUGUAAAGCCCAUCCUGCGCGUCGCCACCUACACCUGCGACCAGUGUGGUGCCGAGACCUACCAGCCCAUCAGCAGCCCCAGCUUCACCCCGCUGGUGACCUGCCCGAGCGACGACUGCCGUGUGAACAAGGCCGGCGGGCGCCUCUACCUCCAGACAAGGGGCUCUAAGUUCAUCAAGUUCCAGGAGCUCAAGAUUCAGGAGCACAGCGACCAGGUUCCGGUGGGCAACAUCCCGCGCAGCAUGACGGUGUUUGUGCGGGGGGACUUGACCCGGUGCGCCCUCCCCGGAGACCACGUGUCGGUAACGGGCGUCUUCCUGCCCCUGCUGCGCACGGGCUUCCGCCAGAUGCAGAGCGGGCUGCUCUCGGACACCUACCUUGAGGCGCACAAAAUCACGAAGAUGAACAAGAUGGAGGAUGAUGAGCUCGACGAUGAAGCCAUGUCCGAGGAAGAGCUCAAAGCACUCACAGAGGAGAACUUUUACGAGAAGCUGGCCGGCAGCAUUGCUCCUGAGAUCUACGGUCACGAGGACGUGAAGAAGGCUCUUCUCCUCCUUCUUGUUGGAGGCGUUGACCAAAAUCCAAACGGAAUGAAGAUCAGAGGCAAUGUGAACAUUUGCUUGAUGGGUGACCCAGGGGUGGCGAAAUCUCAGCUGCUGUCCUACAUUGAUCGGCUUUCUCCGAGGGGCCAGUACACGACCGGACGUGGCUCGUCGGGGGUGGGCCUGACGGCUUCUGUGAUGAAGGACCCCUUGACCGGGGAGAUGACCCUCGAGGGCGGGGCACUGGUGCUGGCGGACGGCGGGGUCUGCUGCAUCGACGAGUUCGACAAGAUGAUGGACAUGGACCGCACAGCCAUCCACGAGGUCAUGGAGCAACAGACCAUCUCCAUUGCCAAGGCGGGCAUCAUGACCACGCUGAAUGCCCGCACGUCCAUCCUGGCGGCAGCCAACCCGGCCUACGGCCGCUACAACCCCAAGCGCACCAUCGAGCAGAAUGUGCAGCUCCCGGCAGCCCUGCUGUCGCGUUUCGACCUGCUCUGGCUCAUCCAGGACAAGCCGGACCGAGAGAACGAUCUCAGGCUGGCCAACCACAUCACCUUCGUGCACAAGCACUGCUCGGAGCCCCCCAGGGGCACGCUGAAGCCCCUGGACAUGCGGCUGAUGCGGCGCUACAUUGCCCUCUGCCGCAGCAAGAACGCCGCCGUGCCUGAAGAGCUCACCGAUUACAUCGUGGGUGCCUAUGUCGAGAUGCGCAAGGAGGCACGCAACAACAAGGACUCCACCUUCAUGUCCCCGCGUACCCUCCUGGCCAUCCUGCGGCUGUCCACCGCACUUGCUCGGCUUCGUCUGGCCGACGUCGUGGACAAGGACGACAUCAACGAAGCCAUGAGACUCAUGGAGAUGUCCCGGGACUCCCUGGUUCACCACGCUGAAUCUACCGGCAGGAUCCAGACGGUUACGGACAAAAUAUUUGCCCUCAUCCGCGACAUGGCAUCCGAGCUGGGAGGCAAGACCGUCAAGAUGGCCGACGCGGUAGAGCGUUGCGGCUCCCGUGGGUUCCGUCCCAACCAGAUCGAGGAAGCCAUAGAGGAGUACGAAGAACUCAACGUCUGGCAGGUCAAUCAGGCACGGACCAAAAUCACCUUUGUGUGAUUUGCCAUCGUGAAAUCGUAGAGUGGAGGGAAAUGGACCUGCUGUUUUUGACACUAUCAAUUUAAAGCCUUUUGAUUGUGUGAUGUUUGUUUCUAGUUUGUUACCAUUCCUAUGGUGUAUAAACAUGAUCCAUACGAAGGUCAACGCAUGGUCGUGGACCGUUCUGUAGUGGCAGAGUCAUGAAAUGGUGGCCACGGUGGUAUGUGCAUUUUGCAAGCGAAAAGUGGCGAGGUGCAAGAGCCAGCUCUGCCCAGGGUCACUUAGGAAGUUUGGUCAUCCUGAGUGGUUUCUGGAUGGUGCGACCAUAAGGUGCGUAAGCAAUUAUGGCCGGUGCUUCAUGACACUGCCAGUACAAAGCGGUUGACAGUCACCUGUUCAUUUUCAUAAGGGCUGCAACUGUACAUCAUGCACUACUGUUUGAGAAAGAAGACAUGGAGCUCAGCAUCCUAUAUUCUGGAAUCAUUGAAAAUCCGCACCACAGAAACCGUAAUGCAUUAGAGGUGUGGAAUUCCAGCCUUCUAUGAGCAGGGUAAAGGUAUCUGGUAGAAAGUGCCAAAAACAAAGGUCUCUGGAGUUGCCUUCAACCUUCCAGAAUGCUUGUUCCAUUGGCACAUCAGCUGGGAAUUAUGGCUGCGGGGAUCUGUCCAUUUAUUGGCACCACAUACUAUACAAGCCCAUUCCUUUGUUUCCUGAGCCUGAAUUUAUGUCCACAUUUUUCUUUUGUCGCAUUUAGCUGAAUCGCAUGAUGCGGACUAUGGAUUCAUUCACAUAAAUAUGUGGCGUGUAGAGUUGAAAGGCAUGUAUUAACUGCAGCCACCAUUUGUCAAUUUGAAGUGCCUUCAUUGUUUCAGGGCCUUUUUCCAGAGUGUAUAAAUUUUUCUUGUUAUUUUGACGUACUUACUAUUAUCCAAUUUUCUUUAUUUUUCUACAUUUAUACAUUGUUAUGCCGCACACCAAGAGUCGUGUUGCACGCUCUUGGAAACAGACCAGCACUCUUCACUGCCACUGCUGCUGUUCUAGCCUUUUUCUAUUAAAAUGUAUAUCGCCUUGUCUGCAGAUUGAUCAUCUACGAUCUUAUUGACUUUCGAGUUUAUGGGUCACUGCUUAUACUUGCUGCAUUUUCUUACUAUAUUUGUUUGGCUAAAUGUGCUCUUGUGUACAUAAAUGUAUCUUUUUAUGAAUUAAAUAUGAAUACCUACUGAAUCCUCA